GCCACUGCCUCACUGUCCACUUUGGCUAUGUCAUAAUUUACUUACACACUGGCUGAGACACUUGAAGGACAAAUACAAUUUGUCAUGGUCCCAAAAUGACUGCGUGGAAGUACUUUUCUGUUCUUGCACCAAUCUCACUCAUCGUGUCCGGCCUUGGUGAAAAAUGUGAACGGGUUAAAAUCGGAACUGAAUACUACAAACGACAGCUGAUCGCCACCAUAGAUGGUUACCCAACGGGCAUUGUCGUUGACCCAAGAACCGAACACAUUUUUUUCAUACUUCAUAAGAAAAACUAUACAAAAGGAAUACAUCUUUUGAAACACGGAUCAUUAGGUAUCAAGGAAUUGCCUGUUGCUGAUGAAUUAGUGGGGCAAUGUGUCGGUAUCGAUGCAGCCAGCAACGUCAUAUACAUUGGUACUAAUCAGGGAAUAGUGACUUAUGAUUACUCAAGAACAGAAAUCACAGCAGAAAGACCAAUAGGAGACGACGAUGUGAGAAACAUAUUUAUUGACAAGUCCGAUAAUCAAAUGUACAUCACGACUGGUUCAAAUCAUGAAAUUUUUAGAUUCAUGAAUGGUUCCGCUGCUGUCAAGAGAUAUGAAAGAAUACCUAAAGCGUAUAACUUCGUUUUAGAUUCCAAAGGUAAUGUCUAUUACGAAUACGUUGAUGGUAGAUUGUAUUUCUUCUCCAUAGAAUAUUUUGAACCGAUUCAAUAUAAAGGAUUUACUAGGGAGCUGAAAUAUAUGAUGCAAUUGAACAUGAAUGAUGAAGCCAUAAUAGCAGUUAAAGGGUCACUAUUUAAGUUAACAACAAAGAGCAUUUUGCCCCAAAAAAUUGGUCAACUCGGCUUCAAAAUCACAGGAAUGGCGUUUGAUAAUAAAAACAACAUCGUCAUAGGGACUAAAGGCAAGAUAUAUAGGUACAAACCGAUAGACUCAAAUGACCCCUGCCCAGCAGACGACUAUUUUAUGACAAGCAUUUAACUUCCAAAUGCUUACUGUAAAUUUGAUGUAUUGAAGUUCCUCAGUGUCAAUAAAAAUGAUUUUGUUGAUUUUGGUAGUUUAUAUUAAUUUGAUAUGUCACCCGUCGAUGGUCAAGAAAUGUGGAUUGAAAAUCAAAAUUUAUUAUUUGGUGUGCUAUUGCAAUACGGUUGCGUGACGUAACGCCUGUGAGGCAUCGCUCUUAGGCUGAUGUUACUGAUGCUGUUGCGUCGUCGCAACGCUAUUAUUUCAA